AUGCCCUCGCCAUACAAUGCCGACCGAACCAACUUUUCUGGCUCGCAGUCGCAGCUGCCCGACGACCAGAUGUCUGGCUUCUCCUCCUUGACGCGCGACAAGUGGAUCGGUCUGACGCUCGCCAUCAGCAGCAGCCUCGCCAUCGGCACUAGCUUCAUCAUCACGAAAAAGGGCUUGAUGGACGCUGCGGACAGAGGGAGCGGACUGGCCUCUGAUGGGCACACUUAUCUCCAGAACCCCAUCUGGUGGGCGGGUAUGGCCACGAUGAUCGUUGGUGAAGUCGCCAACUUUGCGGCCUACACUUUCGCCCCGCCCAUCCUGGUGACGCCGCUCGGGGCUCUGAGCGUCCUGAUCGGGGCGGUGCUGGCGUCCUUUAUUCUCAAGGAGGAGCUCGGCCGCCUCGGCCGCGUCGGCUGCGGCCUGUGCCUGGUCGGCACCGUCAUCAUUGUCGUCAACGCGCCCGAGGACAAGGAGAUCCAGACGGUCGACGAGAUGCUCAACUACGCGCUUCAGCCCGGGUUCAUGUUCUACUGCCUCUUUGUGCUGGCGUUCGCGCUCUUCAUGAUCUUCCGAAUGGUGCCCAAGUACGGGCGCAAGACGCCGCUGGUCUACAUCUCGAUCUGCAGCCUGGUCGGCUCCAUCUCGGUGAUGAGCGUAAAGGGCCUCGGCGUGGCGCUCAAGCUCACGUUUGACGGCAACAACCAGUUCAGCCACCCUUCGACCUACUGCUUCCUCAUCGUCGUCGUGGUCUGCAUCCUCACCCAGAUGAACUAUUUCAACAAGGCGCUCGACCAGUUCAACACCAACGUCGUCAACCCGAUCUACUACGUCACCUUUACGACGUCGACGCUGCUCGCCUCGUUCCUCCUCUUCCGCGGCUUCAACACCUCGGGCGCGGCGCCCGCCGUGUCGCUGCUGGGCGGCUUCCUCGUCAUCUUUGCGGGCGUCUACCUGCUCAACCUCAACCGGCUGAUUGACCCCGUCACACAGCAGCCCCGAAUGUCGCUCAUGACGGGCGAGGGCACGACGCGCUACUCGGAGCACCAGGAGCGGCUGCUGGCCGAGCACGGGCGGUCGCGGCAUAGCCUCGGCGGCGGCGGCGGCGGCGGGAGCAACCGCGCCAGCUUUAGCGGCGGGCAUGGCGUCUCGGCGCCGAGACGGAGCAGCGUCUACGGCAACCACCACCACGGCCGCAGGGACAGCGCCGGCUCGUCGGUCCUCUUUAAUGCCUACGAGAACGAAGAGGCCCUCGGCCUCACCCGUCUCGACGAGGACUCGGACGAGGCGACGAGCGCCUCUUCGCCCAUGCUGAGGCAGGGCACGCCCAACGGCAAGCCCCAUGCCUCGUUCAACGGCGCGCCGCCCAGACGGGUCCGCACGCCCAACAACGGCGCACCCCACGUCAACGGCGCCCGGGAUCCGUCGGUCACGUCCAAGCAGCAGAAGCGGCGGAGCCUGAUCGACGAUGUGCAGGAGGACUGA